CACUUGCCACAAUAGUAAGAGGACUAUAGUGGAAAGAACUAUUUUGUAUUCUCAGUAAAUUUGAACUUGCACCCUUUGAUGCUUACUGGAGAAAUAUCGUUGAAGAGUUUAUAAUCAUCUACUUACUUGUGCGCAGAGCUUGUGGAUUACGUCGAUGAGCAUCCAAGGUAUUUCCCGCCUGAGCUGAUCAGUUGUCGUGGCAAUGAUCCUGAAACAGUAUUCUAUUGUUACCUUAUUGAGUUGCAGCACUACACUUAUAGUGAUACUCAGUUUCAAAAUAUCAUCCUUGCUGUUAAGACAAAGCUAGAAGUUGACGAUGAGAAGUUGAUUUUUGAACUAAAUGUUGAUGGGAACACCAAGGAAGAACAAUUGAUGUAUCUUAGAGAAGUUAAGCUAACUUCUGAAAAAAUACAUAGGUGUCAGAUGUUUCAAGUCAUUCUUUUACGAGCUCUUGUUCGCAAGGAUUUAAGUAAACUGGCUGAAAGUUUAGAUGGCUAUUGUAAUGUGAUGGAUUCUACAAGUUUUGAUUAUCUUCUUCUUCCGACCAUUGGUUCUAAUAAUGAAGCUUCAAUUAACUGGAGCUUUCUUGAUUCUAUAAUAUAUCCAUCCGCAAACCGUGAGGAUAACCAUACAAACUGCUUCUCUCAAUCUAUGGAUGAUUGUAAGCUUGUGAAUACCAAGAGUGGUUUGGUAUAUAGCUGCAGGUUGGAAAAUUCUCUUGUUUGUACUCCACACAAUGAUACUUUGUAUUGUGUUACUGGGAUUUUGCAUGAUUUGGAUGCUAACUCAAUUUUGGAGCUAAGAAAAGGAGAGUCCAUGAGUUACAAAGAGUAUUUCAAAAGUCGGCAUGAGAUCGACUUAGUCUAUGAGAGAGAAGCACUUCUUAAUGCAAAAUAUUUACCUAAGAUGCGAAAUUACCUUAAAAAGAGCAGUGCCGAGAAAGGAAAAGAACCAAGUGGCGCUUCGCUACAGUUGCCUCCGGAGCUUUGUUCUAUAUUAAUGUCUCCAAUUCCACAUGGUUUAUAUUAUUCUUUCUCUUAUCUCCCAUCAAUCAUCCACCGGAUAGAGUCCUUGUUGUUAGCUAGGAGUCUGAAAAGAUUGCAUAUGGAUCAUUGUGCGCAAAGUGUUUCAAUACACACCACUAAGAUUUUGGAAGCAAUAACUACAAAGAAGUGCCAAGAAAAUUUUCACAUGGAGUCAUUAGAGACUUUGGGAGACUCUUUUCUAAAAUAUGCUGCAAGUCGACACCUAUUCACUACUUAUCAAAACGACCAUGAGGGGCUUCUUAGUUUGAAAAAGGAAAAAAUGGUUUCCAAUGAUGCUUUGUGCAAGCUGGCAUGUGAUAGAAAAAUUCCGGGAUUCAUCCGUACUGAACCAUUUGAUCCGAAAACAUGGGCCAUUCCUGGUGAUACUUCGCUAGACAAGUCGCUUGACGUGGAAGUGAUAUCUCCUAAGAGAAAAGUGUACAACAUGGGAAGUAGAAAAAUUAAGAGUAAGAGAGUUGCAGACAUUGCUGAGGCCCUUAUUGGAGCCUAUGUUAGUACUUCUGGUGAACUAGCAGCACUCUCGUUUAUGGUGUGGCUUGGUUUGGACAUGUAUUAUGCCAAAACUCCCAUAGAAAGACACUUCCCUAUCAAUGCUGAGAAGUUUGUUAAUGUGCGGUAUAUUGAGAGCUUGAUAAAGUACAAAUUCCGUGAUCCUUCUCUCCUUGUUGAAGCGUUCACUCAUGGUUCCUUCAUGCAAUCUGAAAUCCCACGAUGCUAUCAGCGCCUGGAAUUCAUCGGGGAUGCCAUCAUUGAUUAUAUAAUCACAGUUCACCUCUAUAAUAAGUAUCCCGGACUGACUCCUGGUCUUUUGACUGACAUGAGGUCGUGUUCAGUGAACAACGACUGUUAUGCUUUAUGUGCUGUCAAGUUUGGGUUACAGAAGCAAAUUCUCUAUUUCUCCACAGAUCUUCAAAAGCAUAUAACAAACACUGUUGAGAGUGUUGAGAAGUUGUGUAUUUCCACAACUUUUGGAUGGAGUUCAGAUAUCAGUUUUCCUAAGGUUCUUGGAGAUAUUAUUGAGUCACUUGCUGGGGCAAUCCUAAUUGAUUCAUGUUUCAACGAAGACAAGGUGUGUGAAAGCAUCCUUCCUCUUCUAGAGCCCAUUGUUACACCAGAAACAGUGACUCUCCAUCCAGUAAGAGAGUUGCAUGAGUUUUGCAGAGGGAGAGGUUAUAUAAUGAGGAAACCAUCAGUUACUCCUAAAGAUGGAGUCUCAUUCAUCACAAUGGAAGUUGAUGUAAAUGGCACUAUAUAUAGUGACAUUUGCUCAGCUCCUAACAAAGAUGCAGCCAAGAAAUUGGCUUGCAAGAAUCUUUUAAAUAAGUUGAAAAUCGAAUGUGCCUCCAUUGAAUUAAAUGUGGAGUUAAAUGAAUAAGUUUGUUUUACAUUUUUGUGGAGUUAAAUGUUUGGUAUCUAAUGUUAUGCAGUAAAUGCAUGUGAAUUGUGAGCAUUCUAAGAGAAUUUCUUGAA